UUAUAUAUAUAUAUAUAUAUAUAUCAUCAUGAUGUAAAUAAUUACCACCUAUGUACUUCAGGAAAGUGCUACAGUCUACACUUUAUAUCUCACCAUCCCACAAGUCAUACUUAUGUUCAGAGUCUGUAAAUAGUUUUUCUUUAACGCUUAUAAUUUUGCAGGACGAAUCUUCAUGACCGGAUAACGCGUUGUACAUAGUGGCUGCAACUCGAAGUGAUAAUGGGUGACGUUCUAGAUGUGUCUAGUUUAGAAGGGGGACUAUUGUCCUGCUAUGAUCUAGAGAAUGCCGCUGUUUCUGAAACACGGCUGUGGCGCAAUUUUCUUGCCAUGGUGUUCUUCUCAGUCCUUUGUGCGGCAUUCUAUUACAUAUCAUACGCUGUGCUGACUAGGAAGUCAAAAGUAUUCAACAUGAUGUCAUUGGGGGAUAAAGCGGACUGCGCAGCGAGGACGUAUUCGACACUCCAUGCAUUGGUUGUCUCCAACGGGUUACUGGCUGUGGCAAUCAGUAAUAGUUUAUGGCUGGACGUCCUCGGAAAUAAAGCACAUACGGCGGAGAUUUUCUUUGCGUUCAGCUGUGGAUACUUUGCCUUCGAUUGCUGGGUGGUUGCCAGCACACGUUUGGAUAACUGGAUUGUUUUCGUCGUCCAUCAUAUAUGCGGAGUAAUGCCAUAUGCAACCGCUUGUUUCUGGCCCGGAUGUGCCAACUCUUACUAUCUACUUUGCAUAGGAAUGAUGGUGGAAUAUACUAAUCCGUUGAUAAACGCUCUAUGGUGGAUGGACAAGUACAAGAAAUCGCAUCUCAAUGUCUACUCUUGGACUCUUUACUGUCACUUCGGGAUGUGGAUAGUUGUUCGGCAACUUCUGCCUGCGUACUUGACAUAUUUGAUCAUAACGGUGGUUUCGACUUCCGGACUCUGCCUAUGUGCUAUACCUAUAUAUAUAACAGCAAUCUUCGUCGUCCCCUUUUGCACAUACGUGUUCGCUACGAUACUGACCCCUGAGCUGACCGCGCAUAUUCGGUCCAAAGCGAAACGAAGAAGAAAGCGCAUGGACUUGUUGAAGAAAAGGCGACCAAGCACUGGAAUCUCAGAGGUAGCGGAGGAGUUUGACGAGGGGUUGGGUCGCUUCACAGACAGUGUGGAGGAUGCGUAUGACGCUCAAAUGGAAAGGCUACAGCCUUACUCGGCACGUAUGAACGAGUAUUACGAGCAAAUGCCCGAUAUGCCAGAAUUGCCUGAGCCACCUGCAAGGGUGAGGGAGGCCAUGGAGAAGGCGCGAGAAAGGGCCAAGCCUCUCAUGGAUGGGAUGCACGAGCGUGCUAGGCCAGUGCUCGAUUCUCUACCUAACAUUGAUCUACCAAGGAAUAGGAAAAACCUACCGCACGGGUUGUAACAAAAGUUCAAGAGUAUUGGGCCUGCCAGUGCACAGAGACUAGGAUUAGAUUCCUGAUUGGCUAUUCAGGCAGCACCUGCCUUUUUCGCACAAACCGAUUUUCCUCCUUGGUCGUAGAUGCAGGCAGGCGAGGAGCGAGAUAUCUGCAGCUGCAGAUAGGUAAUCAGUGUGAUUUUGAUGUGAGAGAACAUCAUCACUGUACAUAGCAACGAUUACAGCACUGGUAUCUUCGCUGGUAACCAUUUCGAUGGCUUGCAUCACGCACUGUAUUGGUAUCUUGUAUUAACAUGUUUCUGAAUCCGCCCGUAGUGGAGAAUUCCUCGCUAAAAUGUGCAAAAAACGUACGGCGGACGUCCAGGUUCCUGCUAAAUAGACCGUCGAGCAUACAUUGCCUUAGUUUAUAAUAAGGCCUAAUAGCUUCAUAAGAGAGUACACAAUCGCUUCUCCUGGUGCCAACGUAUUGUACCGUUGUGUACAUCGAAUUAUAAUUAAAUAGUCUACAUUUUCUGUUAGCCUAGAUAAAGUAGUACAGAGUGUUGAACAUCGUAGUUUCCUUGUAUAUAGUAGAUUUUGGCGGUGGCACUGCAACGCAUCAACACUUCGAAUUAUAGUGUUUGAGAUCCCUUUCCAAAUUGAUUGGCCGAGGUUGCAGUUAUCGGAUUUCAAUCCGCAUGAAAGUGCUUAUCCAAUUUUUUUUCUUUUCCUUUUUCGUUGUGAUCAUGCCUCAAUCUUUUUCAAGUUGCACGGCAUUGUACAAGUUUGUGUUUGCCGUGGUAUUGGCUCAAAAUAUAUUGCCCCGCAAUUCGCGCUCUCAAUGAACCGUUAAUUCGAAUCGUAUGCGAUCCAAGAUGCCACAUCUUGCUUCAAAUAUUUUUGCUUGUAGCAUGUAGAUUUGUACACUUUAGACUGGGAG